AUGUCGCGUUUGACCCCUUCUCUCCGCCCCCUCCUCCUACUCCCCCCUCCCCUUCGCGCCCGCGCAUUCUCCGUCCUCAACCGCCCACCGCCCAGCUACCCAGGCCAUGUUCCUCUCACCUCCAUCGAACGCGGCGCCCUGGCCAUCGGGUCAGCCUUUGGAUCCCUCUUCAACCCCUACCGGCACGACCUGAUCGCGUCUCUAGGCGAAGCAACCGCAAAGCCUUACUUCAUCACUCGCCUCCACCGCGCCAUGCUUCAGGACCCUACGGGACGGCGCAUCCUUCGAGAUCGGCCUCGGAUCACAAGUAAGAACAUGCGUCUGGAAGAACUACGAGAGUAUCCUGAGAACAGCGUCGGGCGUGCGUAUGCCGCUUGGCUGGACCGUGAGGGCGUGACGCCAGAUACUCGCGAUCCAGUACGGUACAUUGAUGACCCAGAGGAAGCCUAUGUAAUGCAACGAUAUCGCGAGACGCACGACUUCACGCACGCGAUCACUGGACUACCGGUCAUCAUUGAAGGAGAGCUGGCAGUCAAGGCAUUCGAGUUCGCGAACACGCUUCUGCCGAUGACUGCGUUGUCGCUGGUGGCUUAUGUGCGGUUAAAGCCGGUGGAGAGGGAGAGGUUCUGGAGCGUCUACUUUCCAUGGGCGGUGCGGAACGGGUUGAAGGCAGAGGAGGUGGUGAACGUGUACUGGGAGGAGGAGCUAGAAACGGAUGUGGAUGUGCUGAGGGCCAGGCUGGGGAUUGAGGUGCCGCCGGAUUUAAGGGACAUCAGGAAGAAGCUGCGAGAUGAGAAGAGGAGGGAGAAGGAGGCAAGGGAGAAAGAGCAACAGGGUGGGAGUGGUUGA